UUUCUGCUUCUUGUAACAGUAGCCACCUCUGCAACAAUUAACCGUUAAGUAUUUGCUGUUUUUUAAUUUGUAGAAGUAUAUUUUUAAAUAUUAAAACCUGGCCUAUGACUUAGUAAUAUUGUAUGGAAAGUGAUGCAUAUGUGUGUAAAAGCCUCUCAUUUGUAUUGAAACUCACAGCGUUUCCUGCUACUACAGAGAGAGGUGAUGACUUGCCUCACUUUUUAAAUGAUGCCUUUCAGAUGAAUCAACCUUCUGAGCACAACCCAGAGGAAUUCAAAGGUCUAUUGGUCACCCCUGGAACCUCAGCUGCACCUACAGAGAUCGUCUCAACAGUGUGCACAACUCCAGGUCCAGUAGAUGACUCCAUGGAGAUUUCUAAUACCACUCCAGAAAAGACCUCAACUGUUCUGACAGAUAUUAUUGAGGCAAUGUCCCAAGAAAGCAGCAACUCGGUCGAGGCAAUAGAUGCCAGAGAGCUCAGCAUAUCAGCAGAAAGCAGAGAGGACGGUAGCUUUAGGAGAUCAAGGACACGGAGCAGACAGAAAGCCAUUCCUGCACGCCAGGAAUUCAACUAUUCUGACAGUGCUGAAGACAGUGCUGAGAUGAUGAUUGUGCAGGAGAAGAAGGACGUGGUUGAAGUCAUGCGCCCUGCAGAGAGGCCAGCUCCGGUGAUCAUACAGGAUGUAAGCAGCGAGGAGCUGCACUUGCCAGUAGACAAGAAGGGCCAUGAGAUAAUGAUGAUGGGCAAAGACAAGAAGCCAGCAGACCACCCGGGACCUCAGAAAACCAACCCAAGUGGUGCUGCAGCGCCCCCUGCUGGACUCCCGGCCUUAAGGCCAGUAGGCAUGAACAGCGCCCAGGCUUUGAAUGCUCCUGUCCUCCCAGACUUGUGUGUGGAUAGUGUGGAACUCUGUAGGACUCAACGGAGACAGGCAGGGAGAGCCAGCCUGCACGCCAGCAGCCACAGGGAGGCAAUAGAAGACACAGGCAGCCCCGGGGCGGCAGAGGUUCCAGAGGUUCCAGAGGUUCCACACAGACAGAACCUCGCCACUAGGAGUGAGCAGCACCCUGGCUCUCUGAGAAGGAUAGUGGUGCACAUUAGCCUACCUGAGAGUGGGACUAUGGUGUUGGACAGAGAAAGCACUGAAACCAGAGAGGUCCCAGACACACUCUACCUAAACGCUGGGAGCAGGGAGUUCACCGAGGCACAACUCUGGGAGAGAGUGAGACGUUUCCAGCCCUCACCAGCCCCCACCAACUCUGGCAAGACUGAGAAUCCGGGCCCGGCGGAGAGUGAAGGUGGACUCAUGGGAGACGUGACGACCAGAGUGGUGCACGGUGCGGGUGAGGACCACACCACAGUCAGUAAUCAGGACGCGGAGCCUCAGAGUGCAGAGGAGACCCGGGGACUCCAGGGGCAGAGGAGUCCGGGUGGACCAAUCACAACCAGGAGGAGUCAGGGUGGACCAAUCACAACCAGGGUGAGUCAGGGUGGACCAAUCACAACCAGGAGGAGUCAGGGUGGACCAAUCACAACCAGGAAGAGUCAGGGUGGUGGACCAAUCACAACCAGGAGGAGUCAGGGUGGACCAAUCACAACCAGGAUGAGUCCGGGUGGACCAAUCACAACCAGGAGCAGUCAGGGUGGUGGCCCAAUCACAACCAGGGUGAGUCAGGGUGGCCCAAUCACAACCAGGAUGAUGGUGUCAGACACAACUGCCAACGAACCUGAGCAAGACAGUGUGGAGAACCUCGGGGGCAACAGCACAGAGAGACAUGAGAACUACGCUAAUACUGUUGGAAUUACGUUGUAGGUUUGGGCAGCUUUCACUGAUUCCGAUUUACUUAUUU